CGUCCGCUUCGGAGUCACUGGGCUUGAGUUCUCGUCAAGUUACAAAAGUGUAUUUUAAACUCCUUCAAAGUGUCAAUAUAACGUAUAGCGGAAGUUCUCUUUGUGAAGAAAGUACUCUGUAUCGGAAUGUCGACAUAAGGCCCUAGAAUUUGGUCAAAACCAGUGAUACUAGUAGUGCCUAGAAGGACAUAUGGGAAUUAUACCACCCUCAGUGAAUGCCUUUGACGGUAGCUUGUUUGCUCGGUACGGUUUGAGCCUUUUUUAAAUCCUAACGCGAGAUAAAGAUCGUGUGAGAUCAGUGCACUGAUUGUUGAUGUUUCCGGAAGUCAGCAAAUAAUAAGUGAAAAUGGUCACUAUGGAUUCUCGGGAGAACUUUACAGACAUCUCCUGGGCGUCUAAUUAUAUCAUGAAGAUGGCUUUGGACGAAUAUCAAACAGAGCGGAACUGGACACGUUUGAUCUACCAGUAUUGGGAGCUUGUAGAGGAUUUGUUUGCAGAUCCCCGUGCAAGAAAUCUUCCCUUCAUGGAUAACCCCCUACCAACACUAGGAAUGAUUACGACAUAUCUCGCGUGGGUUCUGGUGAUUGGACCAACGUAUAUGCGAGAUCGAAAACCCCUACAGUUGACCAGGACUCUGUUCUAUUACAAUCUGUUCCAGGUGCUACUGAGCGCUUACAUGUUCUAUGAGCAUUUGAUGGCCGGCUGGGCGCGUGGUUACAAUUUUAUUUGUGAACCUGUGGAUUACUCCGAUAGUGUCCUAUCCAGAAGGAUGUUUGAUUUAUGUUACAUAUACUACCUGUCAAAGUUGACAGAAUUUGCAGAUACUGUUUUCUUUGUACUGAGAAAAAAGAAAUCACAAAUAUCCUGGUUACAUCUGUACCAUCAUUCGUUGACGCCGAUUGAAACUUGGAUCUUAACCAAGUUUUUAGCCGGAGGCAACACUACACUGCCGAACAUAAUCAACAACUUUGUCCACACGUUGAUGUACUUCUACUAUCUACUUUCGUCGAUGGGUCCCCAGUAUCAGAAGUAUCUUUGGUGGAAGAAGUACAUGACAGAGAUUCAAAUAGCUCAAUUUAUCAUCUGUAUCAUACACGCCGUCAUCGCACUGGUCACAGAUUGCACAUUUCCGAAGUUCAUAACGUUUCUGCUGUUGUGCAAUGCCGUCAUAUUCUUCGUAUUGUUUUUGAACUUCUACCUAGACAAUUACAAGAAGGUAUCUGCAAGAACUAAAGUUGACGUUAGUGAGAGUUUAUUAGAUGCGGAGAACAACAACUGUGUGUUGUUAAAAGCAACGCUCAAUGAACGGCGGAAUCAGUGA